AUGGCUAUCACUAUUGGUAUUAACGGUUUCGGUCGUAUCGGACGUUUAGUCUUAAGAAUCGCUUUACAAAGAUCUGACAUCAAGGUCGUUGCUGUCAAUGAUCCAUUCAUUGCUCCAGAAUACGCUGCUUACAUGUUUAAGUACGACUCUACUCACGGUAGAUACAAGGGUGAAGUUACCUCCAAGGAUGACUCUUUAGUCAUUGAUGGUCAAUCCAUCAAGGUUUUCGGUGAAAAGGACCCAGCUUCCAUUCCAUGGGGUAAGGCCGGUGUUGACUACGUCAUCGAAUCCACCGGUGUCUUCACCACCACCGAAGGUGCCCAAAAGCACAUUGACGGUGGUGCCAAGAAGGUCAUCAUUACUGCUCCAUCCUCGGACGCUCCAAUGUUCGUUGUUGGUGUCAAUGAACAAAAGUACACCCCAGACUUGAAGAUUGUUUCCAACGCUUCUUGUACUACUAACUGUUUAGCUCCAUUAGCUAAGGUUAUCAACGACAAGUUCGGUAUUGAAGAAGGUUUAAUGACCACUGUCCACUCCAUCACUGCUACCCAAAAGACCGUUGAUGGUCCAUCCCACAAGGACUGGAGAGGUGGUAGAACCGCUUCUGGUAACAUUAUCCCAUCUUCCACUGGUGCUGCUAAGGCCGUCGGUAAGGUUAUUCCAGAAUUAAACGGUAAGUUGACCGGUAUGUCUUUGAGAGUCCCAACCGUCGAUGUUUCUGUUGUUGAUUUAACCGUCAGAUUGAAGAAAUCUGCUACCUACGAAGAAAUUUCCGAAGCUAUCAAGGCUGCUUCUAACGGUGAAUUAAAGGGUAUCUUAGGUUACACCGAAGAUGCUGUUGUCUCCACCGAUUUCUUAGGUUCUGACUACUCUUCUAUCUUCGAUCAAAAGGCUGGUAUCUUAUUAUCCCCAACCUUCGUCAAGUUGAUCUCUUGGUACGAUAACGAAUUCGGUUACUCUACCAGAGUUGUCGACUUGUUAGAACACGUCGCUAAGGCUUCUAACUAA